AUGGCCAAUUCUCGGUCCUUGCACUCUUCCGCCCGCGAUCAGGCGUCAGAAGCAGGUCCGGGUCGAGAUGUCGAGACAUCCAACUCCAACGGCGAUCCAAGUCACGCGGGGAGCACCCCCGCACCCUCCUCUACCUCUCCUCACAUCCUUGCCGGCGAAGGAAGCAGCGCGACCUCGGGCGGAGACACCAUCGUGCAAACUCAGGCCACGGACGCUCAUUCAAGCGAUACCCACAGCAGCCACGGGCAGGACCCGUCCUCUUCGUUCCCCACCCAGUCCGAUCUGACUGCACAUUCGGAUCCGCCAACCACCAUGACAGGCACCGCAAUCUCAAUCGCUGAGAAGUCGUCAGCGGACCCUUCCGGCACACUGAAGGACAAGGACAAGGAUGUGUCCACCUUCUCAGCACCAGUAGGCAAGCGUCGCCGAGAUGGCCAGUCCCUUAGUGGAAAUGCUAAAUCGCCGUCGAUCCUGAUUGAUUUUCUUCCGUCACUAGAAGAAUCAAAGCCGCCCGCAAAGCGCGCCAAGAAGUCCUUCCUGUUGAAGUUCACCCGUCUCUGCAAGUCUUGCGUCGCGACUCGACACACCCAUCCCAUCGAUCUCGACGAGGGCCAACUGCCGGAGUCAGAGAAGCAGACGCUGAAAGAUACUGAGACCGCGCAUCACGGAACACACUCCUCGUCUACGACAGUCAACGCGCCGACCCUUCCGCCACUCACGAUCCCCACCGUCCUUCCCGAUGGCGACAUCAUCGUUCCGCCCACGCCUACGAAGCAGCUUCUGCCGCUAUCGGAAACGGACGGUCUAACGUCGGGCGCUGUGCAACCACCCGGUUCCACAGGUGAGAACCUCACUCCAACGCCCACCUCACAUUACGACAAGUCGCGUCGCCGCGAGGCCUCCGACGAUUCGGAUAGCUCCUUCACCGAUGAGGUGAAUCUAAACUUUCACGACACCAUCUUGAUCGACGAGGUGGAGGACGAGGAGCAGCGGCUGAUCAGGUCGGGGGGAACUGGUAUUCCUGUUGGUACCGACGGCCAGCCGAGACCUUUGCUGCCGCCACUUGCACCUGAACACGCCGGUCGUAAAUGCUUGGUGCUCGACCUAGACGAGACGCUUGCUGUUCCAUCACCAGAUUACAUUGUUCCGGUGGAGAUAGAGGCGUAUUGGCACAACUUCUAUGUGCUCAAACGCCCAGGCGUAGACGACUUCCUUAGACGAAUGGGGGAGAUUUACGAAGUUGUCGUCUUCACCGCCAGUUUGAGCAAGUACGCCGAUCCUGUCCUCGACAGGCUUGAUCCUUACCGUUCCGUUGCCCACCGGUUAUUCCGGGAAAGCUGUUACAACCAUAAAGGGAAUUACGUAAAGGACCUAUCACAACUAGGGCGUCCCGUGAAGGAUACGAUUAUCCUCGACAACUCACCCGCAUCCUACAUCUUCCACCCCCACAACGCGGUGCCUGUGUCGUCCUGGUUCAACGACCCCCAUGACACCGAACUCACUGACCUUUGCCCCUUCCUCACCGAUCUCUCUCACGUCGGCGACGUGCGUGGUAUCUUGAAUCCGGCAGUAUAG